GAAGUGAGUUGUGAUGCAGAAUCAAACAUGUCCGUGAUACUCAGGCGACUUUUGUCGUCCUCCACCCUCAUGUGCAAUGGAACAAAUUCGGACUGCAGCAGUGAACCAAAUGUGGGCCUAGCUCUAAUGGCACUUAUCGUCGGCGUCAUACUCGCGUUGUCAUUGGCUAUGAACAGUGUAGUUUGCCUCGUCUUCUAUAAAAAGACUUAUCUUCUCAGUGUUUCAAACAGUUUUGUGCUCAACCUUUCUUGUUGUCAGUUAUGUUUAUCCGUCCUUGUUGCCCCAUUUGUUUUGGCAUCUAUAUUCUCCACGAAGUGGGCUUUCGACGACACCUUUUGUAAGGUGCAAGGAUACUUCUUUACCAUUUGUAUCAUCGCCAUUCAGUUCUCUCUCAUGAUCAUCUCCAUAGACCGGAAUUACGCCAUUAUUAACUCCCUCAGAUACCCAUAUGUUUUCACACCAAAGCUAGGACACUUCUUGAUCGCGUCAGCCUGGAUUUUAAGUGUUAUCAUUGCACUACCACCCCUAGUGGGAUGGGGUUCCUACAUAUAUAUUCCUGACCAAUAUUUAUGUGGAAUUAACUGGAAAUCAGGAAAACAAUUCUUGUUGUUCUUGGUUGUGGUUUGCUUUUUAAUUCCACUCUUGGUACAGAGUUGGUGCUAUUUAAGCAUAUUUAAAGCCGCAAUUGGCCAGACUAAAAGACGCAGUCGUGUUUACCCUUCGAUGCCCUCCACAGUUCGUGAUCCGCCCAGUAACUCUUCAGACAGCAGUGAUCUUUCACAAAGUGUGCAAGUUCAAUACAGAAAUGUGGAAUGUAAGGCUGUUCGAACCAUUCUUUUGAUAGCUUUUGCUUAUGCUUUAUGUUGGGUUCCGUUUUUAACCAUCAUAAUCAGUCAUUUGAGAGACGAUGCGUUUACAUCUGAAGUCAAUUCAUUUGCCAUUUGUCUGGUAUUCUGUACUGGAAUAGUUAAUCCCAUCAUAUACGCUUUCAUGAACAGGGUUACACGUCAUGAGAUCAACAAAUUCUUCUGUGACACGAUCAAUAAGGGUAAUGGACGAACAACAACCGGAAACGACAGUGACGACUUCUACUCCACAACCAUGACCACCUAUUCAUCGUCAAAGCAAAACGUGGUCGUUUGGACAACUCAGAAAAUGCGCAGCAAACAUCCGGCUGCCUGUAACAUAGAGAUGAAUACAAUUCAGGAGGUUCGUGAAGUUUCCACAUCAAGCUCCCCGAACUCGGAACGAAAAGAAGUAGAGAAGAGGACAAUUCUACAAAAGACCGAAGAAUUGCCCAAAUUAUCACCCAAUUCUUUGUCGAUUCCUGGAGCAAGUCAAGUCAACAUGUUGAGUUCUAGUGAAUCAUCCACGUAUUCCGAGAGAAGCCCUGGUCAACAACACAAAAGCAGAUUUCUACUAUCAGUCAGUCGAGAUACAACUCCCCAAACAAGUCCAAAAGAAUCCCGACAGAGGAUUUCUAGAGCACAGUCCGAGUUUUUGUCGCGAGGAGAAACGUUCUUAACCAAAACACAGAAAGACUGUGGGUCAUUUCUCAGUUUUGAAGGUAAGCACAAAGAGGUCCAUGUACACCGAAAGCGUUCCAAUUCACAUUAUCAGGAUUCUUCAAAACAAUCAGCUUACACAACCUCUCCGACAUUCAAACGUGUCACUGAUUUGAGGAGAAUAAGUGAAGAAUAUCCUCCACGUGAAAUCUUCUUCUCUGAUCCAUCAUUGACAGAGGUGCCGGAAAAGUCAGUGCUGUAUGAAGGAAGAGAAAGGGCAAUGACGAUCAGCGAGAGUCGCGUGGCUAGGGACUACUUCAAAAACAUAGACGACAGAAAAGUAUCCGAAAAGGAUACAAAAUCAAACCAUGCUUAA